GCAGUCCAACUCAGUGGGAUACAGCAAGGAUGGCAUGAUGGUGGGCGUCGGUGCUGGCCAGCAAAGCCGCGUGGACUGCGUGAAGCUCGCGGGGCGGAAAGUCGCCACGUGGUGGCUGCGGUUCCAUCCAAAGGUCAAGGGCUUGCCCUUCAGAGAAGGUGUCAAGCGGCAAGACCGAGUCAAUGCGCGUGUCCGAUAUAUCGAGGGAGACAUGGAGGAAGCAGAGAAGACCGAGUGGCUGAAGAACUUUGACUCCCCGCCGGAGCCCUUGACAGCGGAGGACAAGGCCACCUUCCUGAAGGGCCUUGAUGGCGUGUCGAUCUCGUCCGACGCCUUCUUCCCCUUCCGGGACUCGAUCGAUCAUGCCACCAGGCUGGGCGUGAAGUACGUGGCGCAGCCCGGCGGCUCGGUGGCGGACGCCGAAGUCAUCGAUGCCUGCAACACGUAUGGCAUGGCUAUGGCCUUCACCAAGUUGAGGUUGUUCCACCACUGAUCUCGUGCACGCGGGCCAGCAGGUCAGCCUUGGCCUGACGUUUGAAGCUUUUGGAAAGAGUCGACAGUGGAGCUCUCGGCGAUCCAUUCCAUCCAUGAUUUUUGCAGAUGGCUCAGGGUCUCGCAAUCGAACA